AUGAAGCAGUCUAUAACAGCAACGGGAGGUGCUGUAAACAAUGCAGAAGUGUUGACAUCACAUGAGGAACAAGUUCUUGAUAUUAUGUGUGCUACGAGUGUGAAUGGCCAUCCAGAUGUAUUUGAAUCUAAUAAUGAUGAAAUGGAAGUGGAAUAUUUAUAUGAAUAUGAAAAAGAGGCACGAUCGAAGAUUGUUCAUUGCACAGAUUCCAUCAACAAUACCAACAUAUUAUCUGUACAAAAUAGAAAAACUAUUCUUGACAAGGAAUUUAAAAACUCUGUGCAGUUUUCAAAUGAAAAAGAGAAUAUAGACACACAGAGCGUACUAUACAGCGUGUACGGGCCCGCCGAGGAACACCAUACCUGCCUCUGA